AUGGCUUUUCCUAACUAUGAUUCUGAAUAUUUUUUCGACCACUAUCACUUGCAGCAUCAUUCAGUUGUUAAUAAUGUUGGUCACUUUAUGCCUCAGGCCGAUUUUUAUAGUGGUUGGCCUACAGAUGGAACAUAUUUAUCAACACAAUUCAUGGACACAAGCACUCAUUGGCAUGAUUUUUCGAUUAAAACUGAUCACCGUUUCGCUGCACAUUGGACUGAACCAUUCUUCAAUGCUUCUUUGCCAUAUCAACAUAGCGUUUUUGAAAUACCACCAACAGACCAAAAAAUUCAUUCUUGCUUGACAUGUCAUAAACAAUGUUGCAGAAAGAAUUUGAAACCAUUUAUUUGUCAAGUAAGCUUGUUCAAAUUGUAUUCGGCAGCUUUUGUGCAUGCUUUUGUGCAUGUUCAUGAAGGAAUUGAUUUAACGAGCCUCUUGCUUGCUCAAUGA